UAUGUUUUGUUGUAAUAUUAUGGUUAUUGAUGCAGUUAACAAGAAUGACAAAGAAUUUGAUGAGAACAUUGUUAUACCAACGCUGGUCUAAAAAGUGUAUGUUUGCGACCUCAUGCACUAAGAAGAUACAGGUGUCUCGUUGCAGUUCAUUUUCUACUUCUUCGAGAACCGUUUCGAUUGGGAAGUUUCAUAUUGGCGAAAGGCAUCGUCCAGAGUUUUAUUCCGAACGUAACGGAUAUAACCAGACUGCUUGUAAAGGUUUGGCGCGAUAUUCUACGUGUGAGGCAAUGAGUGACAGAAAACAUUUCAUUCUUCCAAAUGACCAGCCAGUAGUUGAACUAGACUGCACAUCUGCCUUCAAAGACCUAACAGAAAAUGAGAAGUUGUAUGCUCACUUCUUAAGCCAGGCAUCAUGGAAUGGAGGUCUAAUUGUUUUGUUACAGACUUCACCGGAAUCACCCCUAAUAUUCAUACUUCUCCACAAGUUAUUUUUGGGACAGCCAUUAACAGAACUACGAAAAGUAGCAAUGGGUGAAGGAGGUCUGACUGAGGAAGAAUAUAAGGCAUUUUUGGUUUAUUCGUGUGGUAUUUUUACCAACAGUGGUAAUUAUAGAGGUUUUGGUGACAGCAAGAUAAUUCCAAAUUUGCCUGUUGAGAAAUUUGAGCAAGUGGUAAAACUAAGUGAAGCAUAUAGAAGAGAACCAAAAGUCUUGCAGAAUCUGUGGGACAGGUGUAAAGACAGUAUAUAUUCCUUGACUGAGAAAGAGAAAUCUCUUGGUUUUGCUGAUAAGGGAAUCACAACGUAUUUUUCUUCAAAUUGUACAUUAAAAGAUGCUGAAAUGGUAAAUGGUUUUCUUAAAAAGAAUGAAAUGGAUGCCUAUAAUACCAGGACUUUCAAGUAUUCAGAAGAUGGGGUAACAGUUUUUGAGAUUCGUUUGGCUUCAGCGGAUACAGGUGAUUGCCCUGGUAUCACAUUAAAUGAUCAAGAGUAUGAAGGAUGUAAGUUCAGAGUUACCCGAGGUGAUUACUCAAAGCUGAUGGACCUUGUUAUUGAUAAUUUGAAUCAUGCAAAAAAAUAUGCUGCAAAUGAAAAUGAAGAAAAGAUGCUGAGCCAUUACAUAAAGAGCUUCACUAGUGGUUCAUUGAAGGAUCACAAAGAUGGUUCCCGCUACUGGAUUAAAGACGUUGGACCCGUCAUUGAAACGUACAUAGGUUUCAUAGAAACUUAUCGUGACCCGGCAGGGAUGCGAGGAGAAUUUGAAGGUUUUGUUGCCAUGGUGAAUAAAGAAAUGUCCUCAAAAUUUUCUGAAUUAGUGCAAAGAGCUGAAGGUCUUCUGACAGAGUUGCCAUGGCCUGCUGCAUUUGAAAAGGAUACUUUUUUGAGACCAGAUUUCACUUCUCUUGACGUUCUAACAUUUUCGGGGAGUGGAGUCCCAGCCGGAAUCAACAUCCCUAACUAUGAUGAAAUUCGUCAAAGUGAGGGAUUUAAAAAUGUCUCUCUUGGUAAUGUAAUUCCUGCAAAUUACAAAGAAAUAACUUUGCCUUUUCUCGGAGAUGAAGAUAAGGAGCUGCUUAAUAAGAACAGAGUUCCUGCAUUUGAGGUCCAAGUUGGGUUGCAUGAACUUUUAGGCCAUGGAAGUGGAAAACUGUUUAGAAAAAACGAAGAUGGCAGCUUCAAUUUCAAACAUGAAUCUACUGUCAACCCCCUCACUUCUGAGAAGAUAAAGUCAUGGUAUGAGGUUGGCGAGACAUAUGAUUCCAAAUUUACGACUUUGAGCUCAACAUAUGAAGAAUGUAGAGCUGAGUGUGUUGGCCUGUAUCUGUGUUUAAACAGAGAUGUUUUAAAGAUAUUUGGUUUUGAAGGAACAGCAGCUGAUGAUAUCAUAUAUGUCAACUGGUUGAGUCUGAUUUACACUGCUGUAGCCAAAGCAUUAGAAAUGUACAAUCCAAGUAAUAAAGCGUGGUUACAGGCACAUUCUCAAGCUCGUUAUGUAAUAAUGCGAGUACUUUUGGAAGCCGGAGAAGGACUAAUUACUGUCACAGAAACAAAACCGGGAGAAGAUCUUCUUUUGAAAGUGGAUCGCUCUAAAAUAGAAACAGUUGGUAAAAAAGCUAUUGGUGACUUCCUUCUCAAGCUGCAGGUUUAUAAAACAACAUGUGAUGUGGCAGCGGCACAAGAGAUGUAUAACAGGUAUUCAGAGGUGCCUGAGGAUGGUCCAUGUCCUUGGGGAAAGUGGAGAGAUAUCAUAAUGGCUAACAGACAGCCCCGUAAGAUGCUUGUCCAGGCAAAUACUUUUGUUAAAGAUGAAAAGGUGUCACUGAAAACGUAUGAAGCAUCACAUGAAGGUCUCAUUGAAUCAUUCAUUGAUAGAUUCCCAUCAUCUGAUGUUGACGUGAUUUUGGAAGAGUUGUGGGAAAAGGACCAAAAAUAUUUUUGAUGUGUCAUUGUGUUAUAAAAUGGAAAUGCUGUGAUAUCUGCAUUUAAAUAAAGUUAUUUUUAUGCUUUUAA